AUGAGCUGGCGUGAUGGAAUGAAUGCCAUGUCACCCAUUAACGGCAAGGUGAAGCAGAUCGUCGGCUCCACACUCCGCGACCUGCCCUCCCAAGACUCAUCAGCCACCGCCUCCUCUUCCUCCGCAUCGGAGCCUGUGACCAACUUUGAGUCCGAUCGCAGUGCAGCGGAGUAUGCCAGCAUGUACGCCGCUGAUUCGCUGCCAGGAGGCCACGUCAUCAUGCUGGGGGCUGAUCCAGCCAGCCAGGAGGCAGCCCUUGGGGCGCUGAACGCCUUUCCAGGUGGGCUGCACGUGGGUGGAGGCAUCACUCCAGAGAAUGCCGAGAUGUACCUGGAUGCAGGGGCUAGCCACGUCAUCGUCACCUCGUACGUGUUUCGAGACGGCAAGGUGGAUGAGGAGCGGCUGCGCAGGAUGGUGAACGCAGUGGCGCCUGAGAGGCUGGUGCUGGACCUGAGCUGCAGAAAGAAGGGCGAGCACUACUACGUGGUGACGGACCGGUGGCAGCGCUUCACAUCGCUGGUGGUGGACGGCGAGUCACUGGCCCGACUGGCGGACUGCUGUGAUGAGUUCCUCGUGCAUGGCGUGGACGUGGAGGGCAUGAAGCUGGGCAUUGACGAAGAGCUCGUUUCCCUGCUUGGGAAAUAUUCACCGAUCCCUGUGACCUAUGCUGGAGGUGUUCGCUCUCUCGAGGAUCUGGAGAUUGUGAAGGCGGCUGGAAGGGGAGCAGUUGACGUGACUGUAGGAAGUGCCCUUGACAUUUUUGGAGGGGACCUGCCAUACAGAGAGGUCGUGGAGUGGCAUAGACGCCAAGUAAAGGUGUAA